GUCCUUGACCUCUACAGCAGUUGCUUUCUUGGGAGCAUUCUGGGAUACUUUGACAAUAAACUGUGUUAGCGUGCGAGCUUUGUGCUGCAUUUUUGCAUUAUUCUAAAUAUCGUUUGGUACGUAGUCGACAUAUUCGUGCAUCGGCGUAAAUUCAAGGUACAUGCGCACAUCUGAAAUGGAUGUAGACUCUUCUUCCAAAUUUAUUGCUUCUUUGACAAAGUUUCUCCAGUCGCUGUGCAAUGGUUACGUAGACUUUGAGAAUGGAGUGGAACUAGUUGGUCAUAUCUAUUUAAGUGUGGACACUGGCAAGAAAAUAGACUAUAUACUUCAUGAAAAAGUCUGUAAAAAUGAUGAAAAUUCGGUGACGUUUAUCAGCAACAGUUUCCAUGCUCAGCCGUUUGAUAAGACUAAGUCACAGACCAAACAGCAAGUGGAUACAUUUAAAGGGAAAACACGAUCAGAUAAAGUACGAGAUGUAGAUAAGGAAGAGACAGUUGGAAGGAAAGAUGAUGAUGAGGAUGUUGUUAUUGUUAAUGCUACAAAAGGUGCAUUAGAGAACAGUGAUGGUGCUAGCAUGGGCACCAGGGGUCGCAAGCGACCUGCAUCACCCUCUUCUGAGCAACAGUUUCAAAGACCAUUUAGAAGAAAUGCAGAGGGUUCACUCUCUUCACCAUCAUCUUCAGCACAGCAAAGUGGGCAAAGUGGCAGUGGUGUUUUAGGAUCUAAUGGUUUACGUAGAAAAGCUCAGCCAAGUGCUACAAUAACUAGUCAAGAAGAUCAAACAGACAGCUUUAGCUCAUCGGACUUAAAAUUAGAGCAUAUGACAACAGAUGAACUGUUGUCAUUGGCUUCUCAAGUGAGUGACUCUUCCUGUUCAGCCAGCAUUAUACCUCCAGCCACAGGAUCAGGCAGCAGAAGUACAGGUGGAGAGCCAUCUAAUCAACAAGUCUGGGUAAAACAGGAAGCACCUGAUGAUGAUGAUAGCUGUUUGGCAAGUGGAAGCGGGGACUCUGCGCAUGGUCAGAGUUGGCCGCUUGGCAGGGAUCCUCAGAAUGACACAAAUAGUGGAUCUGGUGGUCUCUAUCCUGUUAUGCUACAUCAGAACACAGCUGCUUUCCCAGGGCCUGGUGGUCCAUUUCCAGCUGGCUUUCCACCUCUGUCGGGUGGUCCAUCAUCAUCACAACACCCAGCAUUUACACAGCAGUCAUCCUCACAAGCUGCUGCAAACUUGUUUGCCAGUCCUGUUCCUGGCACAUCACAAGGUGGAGGUGCUGUUGAUUCGGCAGUUACAAUGUCGAUGCCCCCGUGCUAUGGCAACCCUUACGCGGCCAGACCUAGUCCCGCCCGAGCGGUGAGUACGGAGCGGUGUCGGCGCUACAGGGAGCGCCUUAGACACAAUCCGUACCAGUACUUCGCGUUCCUUCAGAGACAGAGGCUGGCCUGCAAGAGAUACAGAGAAAAGAAAAAGCAGCUGAAGGACAGAGCUGAUCAGCAAUGGCGGCAGCACCAUUCUUAUGGCACCAGCGGAGAGGCAUUGUGGGCAGAAGUAGAACGCCCAUGUCGAGAAACGCGGAAAGUUGUCGUCGAUACAGAGAGCGCCUUAGACUUGACCCAGAAAAAUGGAGAUUAGCCAAACUGAAAGAUCGCUUGCGAAAAAGCAGAUGCAGGGCUAAAGGGCUCAGUGGCUACUCUCAGGCCCAGACCUCCUUUAAGUGACUCAGAGACUGGAGGAGGGUGAGGGGUUGGGGAGAAAAAGGUGCCUAUGAGGAUGACGGAAAUUUAGAGGGAUUGUUACAGGAAGAAUGGUGUAGUUGUGCGCAUUUUGUGGAAACAAAUGCUGAAUUGAAAAAAAAAACUGCAUUAUUCUUGAUUCGAUAACCUGUUUGAAUACGUACACGAAGUUAGCUAAAAGAGAGCAGCGACGUUUUACCUUUUAUUUUUUAACUCCUUUCAUGCAGAUUAAACUUGAAGCAGGUCUCUCGCUUGUUUAUUCAAAGUUCCUGAAGCCUGUUCUUGCGUGCACUUGAAACGUCCUUGUCUGUCGACAACAUCAAGAGACACUACUUAACUUUCUUUGCUUUUUAGUUAUUCUUCUUUCUCUCUCUCACAUAGUGUAAGUCGGAUUACCCGCUAAAGACAAGAGAACAAGGAAACUGUGAUAUCGCAAGAAAGUGUUAAAAAGAAGGGGUAUUAAACUUACAGCAAGUAGGUGCCUGUUGAUCAAGAGAGAAAUAAACGAGAACUAGUCUUUUUUUUUUUUUCUUUCUUUAAGGAAUCGAAAUGUGUUGGUUGGCGUUGAGUAACAAAUCGGUAAACUGCCAUGUACCAGAUGCCCACGACGACUUUAUUGUCGAAAAUGUUUUGUUUAGCGACUCGAUCGGGGUUGUGGGGGAGAGACAAAAGUUGAGAGCAUUCUGGUGACGUGCACAGUUCGCUGCUAACGCGCUAAGCUUGUAAACUAUGAGUUUAGCGACUGCUGGAUGAUAUCCAGGUAGCUAGAACUGUGCAUCUGGCCACUGUGACCCCUCAACUUUGUGGCCUCGCGAUACAAAAACUCUUUGAUGUAGUGGAUGGGAGAGGAACGAUGCUUUAUAGGUCCGUUUGGUGUUGGGGGCCUCUGGCAAUGUGAUGUGUCUUAUAUCAUUCCUUGGUAUCGAGAAGCCUAAAGUGAUGCAUAGUAAUCAACACCAUUCAUCUUGGCAUGGUUGUUUAAGGCUGCCAGGAGGGUGUGUGAACCAGAUUCACCACAUUUUUGUGCCCGGUGCUCUACAUAUUUGACUAGAAUCAAUGGCCUCUCUCACGCACACAGAAAGAGAGCGAAGUGCGUUGGAUGCUGACCACCGGCAGAGGUGUGUGUGUGUGUCAGACAGCGUGUGGUUGUGUUUCCAAUGUUUCAAUUCAGGGUGGCGCUACGUUGGAAUUUAUACACUGGGAUCUCGGUAUCGGAAUGUACCCCAUUCCAAAACAUUGCUUUGAUAAUGAUAUCCGUACUUAUUUUUAUCUCGUUUUUUAAUUAUUAUUAUUUCAUAACUGAAUCCUUCAUAUCCGCUUUCUAUAAAUAAAGUGUAAUCUUGCGUACUUGUCACAAUAGGUCAGUAAUAUAAGGUCAAUGGCAACCUUUUAGUCAGGUAGAUACUGCGAUUUUAGGGAAUAUAGAUGUACUAGUGCAUCCCUUUUAUUUCAGUAUUCGAUUUUUUAACAUAGUUCAUAUUUUUGGAUCCUCAUUUCUCACAGCAGGGAUCUAGUGGUUCCAUUAGUGGAGUAGGAUAUGAAAAAGAAACCCUCGAUUUCAUCAAGCGGAAAUAUAUUAAUAUGUAUAAACUGAGAUUCGACUGUAAUCGUUUUCGUUUGCUAAUAUUUAGAGUUGAAUUUCUUUUUAAUGUCGCUACUGGCUCAGAUUACAAGAGCAUAAAUACAUUUUGUAAAUAGAAAAUUAUUUGAUGUUAACUUUGACAGGUGCAGCACGGUCAGUUUUGUUUCUUCUUUACUUUUCUUUCCACCUUCAUCUCAUGAUCUUUCGCAGCAUUUUCUCCAUCCCCAACGUUAUUAUGUUAUCAGAAACAUGAGAGGUGUUAAUAAACUUAUCAGAAACCUC